ACCGGCCAGUAAGUGCCAGGACUCCCAUCUGCAUUUAACCCUGAGCUUGUGCUUUGCCCCAGGCCUCUGCCAACAAGUGCCAGCAGGAGCGGGAGUUCCUGCCUCUGACCCACAUAAGCUAGAAAGUGGAGGCACUGACCAGAGGCAUUCGAUCCCAGCAGACACGUUUCUCAUUGUUCCUGCAAGUGUUGAAAGAAAUGACCGCCGAAUAUGCCUGCACAAGGAAACAGUUCAACAAGAACCUCAGUGACUUUGGAUUAAUCCAGGGAAAGUUUGCGCUGAUGGCGCAGAAGGCAUACGUAAUGGAGAGCAUGGCCUACCUCACUGCUGGGAUGCUAGACCAGCCGGGCUUCCCCGACUGCUCCAUCGAGGCAGCCAUGGUGAAGGUAAUCAGCAAAGCUAUAGAGCUGGUGCCCGAGGGAGACGGCCUUGAGAACCGGCAGCCGCCUGUGCUCUCCCUCCUAGCUAGUCCGUAGCCAGUUUGUCAGUAUUUAUGACAGGCCCGCCAUGUGCAGUGGUUCAGGGUUAGGCAGGCCCCAAAGACACAGAUUGGGAAAAGCAGCAAAGAACAGUGCCCAGCUGAGUGUUCAUGUGUAAACAACGCGGGCAUCCCCAGUGUGCUUGUGCCAGGUUUUCCCUGGUGGACCAGUGAGCUGUAGCAAAACAACAAAAUACAGACCAUUGUUAUAACUUGAUCCAUGUGAAAUAGCAUCUGGGAUUCUUGGAAAGAACUUUCUCGGAGCUUAUGACCUUCCUGCAUUUUGGUAUCAAAACUUCUUUCAUAAAACAUUUGAUGGAUUUUCUGUUGCUUUCAUUUUGUUUGGGGGAGAUGGUGUAUCAUUUUUUUAUCUGUCAUAAAAGAGAUGAAAACUCUAGUUUGGCAACCCA